GCGUAAGAAAGAGCUGGGGAGGGUCUCGUCUCGUCGUCAAGCGGUCAAACUCGCCUGCAGCUCGAAAGGCGUAAAGGGGCGCCCCUAAAGCUCCCUCUCGCUCUGAUGCCUGACUCUGCCCGCGCAAAAUCCUAUACUGCCCCAUCGCGCCCAAGAACGGGGAUGCGUUGGGCAUUAUAGGGAAUCACUAGGGGCAGUAACGUCAUUUAGUUGUCGAGCUCUGGUCUCUAAAAGCACUUCAGCGGGAGUUGCGAUGAAUAAAGGCUGCGCACAAGCGUUGCAUGUGUGUGUGCGCGAAAAGGGUGCAGCUGAGUUUGGGAGCAGAGGAGUUGGAGGUAGGAAGAGUGGCCGAGAUCUGACCUGAGAAGGUCGCCGGAGAAAGCGGAGGAAGAUGACGCCCGGCGUCGGCAAUGGGGUAGCCCAGGAGCAGCGCCUCGAGCGGCAGAUCGACAGGCAGAUGGGGUGCAUGGCUGGGUUCCUCCAGAUAUUCGACCGCCACCACGUCCUCCCCGGAAGGCGCCACUACUCCACCCGCCGCCUCGCCACCUGCUCGACUGCCGGAUCGACGUCGCCGUCCGAGAGAUCGGAGGCUUCGUCCUCGUCGUUCUUGAAGGAGAGCCACCCGCCACCGUCGUCGCCAGAGGCCUGCUCGGAGAACCGCGCCGCGGCGGAGACGCCGGGGCAGCGGACGCUUCCGCUGCCAUUCCCGGUCUUCGAGGCCAAGGACGGGGCGAGGACCACCUGGAGGCUCCGCGAAGGUCCAAGGCUCUCUCUCGACAGCCGCGCGGUGGUCGACGCAAAGGGCAAGCUCCGCCCCCGGGAGAUCCGGACGGCUGUUCCGGUCCCCUCCGGGGACCAGUCUGACGCUUCUGAAGCGGCGGACGAGCAGCGUCGUUCCCCAAGUGUCGUCGUGCGGCUAAUGGGGCUCGACGCCCUGCCCAGCGUCGGCGGCGUCUGUAGAACAGAGUUGGACCUGGCUGAACUCCGGCGAUCUGCCUCCGAGUCCCGGGUUCGGAGAGACCCGUCGUACUACGGGUUCAUGGACGCGGGCUCAUUCCACAAGAGGCCGCCAUUGCCAUGCGAGGCCGCCCCGAUCUCCACCAAGGAGUUCUUUAAGACGGUGAAUCUGGCCCAGUUCAGGCUCAAUGAGACAAAGAAGCUCGAGCCGACGCCAAGAACGAACUCUCUCCCGCUGCUCCACCGGAAAAGCUUCUUCGAUGCGGAGGACUUCUUCCCGGAGCCUAAGCAGUCAGGAACUCUCUAUAUCGAGAUCGAGAAGCGGCUAAGGAUGCGAGGAAUCGACGAACCGGCGAGGGAUUUGGACACUCUGAAACAAAUCCUGGAGGCGCUCCAUUUGAGGGGGCUUCUCCAUUCCAAACCCCGUGAUAGCAGAGCCACCGGCCAUCGAACUCUCAUCUACGAUUACCAGAGCCAGAUCCCCAGCGACGCCCCGAUCGUCAUCAUGAAGCCGGCUUCGAAGCCCCCGCAGCGUCCGUGGAGCGAGCCGCUGCCGCCCAGACCCGGCUCCUGUCGCCAGAGUGCUCCGCCAGUCCGCCGCGAGCGGGGGUCGGUCGAUCGGAGCAUCAAGGGAGGAAACGAGCGGAGGAAUCGAGCGCUUAGGUCGCCCGAGAGCCCGAGCUCGCCGGUGCAGAGGAGACAUUUAAAUGCGGUGGCCCAGAAGAGCGCGCAGCCCCAGCGGAGAAUGUCGACCGUCAGUUCUCCAAGGUCAAGUCCAAAGAGGACGGGACCGGAUCCGCUGGCCGCCCGAUCGCCGAGGAGCCGGAGGCCAACGGCGGAUGCGUCACCUAGGGAGAGGGUUUGCCCGCCGGCAGAGGACGACGCCACAACUAUCAUUUCUGGGAGUAGCAUCUGUGCCUCCCCUCAAUUAGACUUCGAGAGAUCGGGGCGAAGGUUAUUGGAGCGGUGCGACAAGCUACUACAUAGCAUUGCGGCGUUCACGGGGGCGGAGCAGGACACCGCGACGGACCAGCAGCCGAGCCCCGUGUCGGUGCUCGACUCGUUGUCCUACCUCGGCGAGGAGGUCUCACCCUCGCCUUCGCCCCUCGCCAAGCGCUCCAUCGACUUCAAAGAUUUAAUCAGGACGGACCCUUUUUGCUUGAUAUUUGCGGAACUUGAUGCAAUCUGGUCCGCAGAUCAAGCGGCGGACGACUGGGAAGAGGAGCAUUGGUCUUCCGCGGCGUCGACGAAUCAUGGGUGCGGAGUCGAUGGGCCCGACAUGGCGGACGAGGAUUACGCUUACGUAUGCGACGUCCUCCGCGCGUCCGACCGUUACGGCGACGCCUCCGACGCCGUGUACGCGAUCCUAGAGAAGCGCCGAUGCCGCCGCCAGGCCCCCGACAAGUCCAAGACCGCUUGCCUCCACCACCGCCUCGUCUUCGACACCGUGGCCGAGAUCCUGGAACGCAAGCGCCACGUGUCGCCCUGGGACGCCUUCUCGCGCGCCGGGGGAGAGGAGGAAGCGCUGCCGAAGGUGUGGGCGGAGUUCCGACGCGUCCGGGUGCAGGAGGCCGCGGAUGACCACGAGGGGGCCGCGUGCGGGGCCGUGCGGAAGGACAUCGCCGCGGGGCGCGCCGACGGGUGGGCCCAGCCCGCCGCCGAGAUGUCCGACGCCGUCCUCCACAUCGAGCGGCUGAUCUUCAAGGACCUCGUUGCCGAGACCAUCCGCGACCUCGCCGACGCCGGCUGCGCGGCAGAGCGCCGUCCCCUUCUCCCCCGCCGCAAGCUCGUCUUCUGAAAGGGAAACGGAGGCAACAUGUUCGUGGCGAUGGAGAACAGGCGGUAAGGCUUGCGUGCUGUUAGUUCGAACGGUAGUUGUGAUGUAACGGUAGUUCGAACGGUGGUGGGAGGCCUCGAAAGGGAGAGGUGGCAGCACAUGUUGUUGCCCCUGUUGCGGGUGCAAAGCUGUACAAGUCCGCAGAUGCGGUGGGGCUACCACCGUGACGUCCUCCGCUCUGCCAUCAAAGAGCGAUGUCGCUGCUGCUCUUCCCGAGUUCGUUUGGACCCCGCCCCAACUUUAAUGAGAAUAAUUACCACAAACACGUCGUGUGCACCAUUAGAACGUCCCUUCA